AUGUCACACUACGCCCGCGUUGAGGAGCUGUCCGACUCCGACCCCGAUGAGGUCGCUCCCUCGGAGCCCCUUCCUAGUGACUCCAUUAUUGCGCCCGUCUCCGCCCCAGCUAGGAACCCAAGCCCACCCAUGCCGCAAAUGCAAAUGCCUCAAAUGCCUCAAAUGCCCCAGAUGCCGGAAGCUCAACCCCAGCGCGAGAUCCCCAGGCACUACCAAUGCCUUUACCCCGUCUAUUUUGAUAAGACUCGCUCUCGCGCCGAGGGUCGCAAAGUCGGAUCACAGCUUGCGGUGGAGAACCCGCUGGCUCGAGACAUUGUGGAUGCAGUACAGAUGCUGGGGUUGAAAGCUGGCCUGGAGCCCGAAAAGCUGCACCCAAAGGAUUGGGCAAACCCGGGCCGAGUCCGCGUCCUUCUGAAAGAUGAGAAUGGCCGCUUGGUGAACUCCAACAUCAAGAAUAAGCACCAUCUUUUCAUCAUCGUUGCACAGUAUCUCAAAGCCCACCCGACCAACGAACAAUCCCCGUACCGACUCCGCAUUCGUGGCUUGCCGAUGCCCGAAAAACUCCCCGAGGCACCCCAGGCACCCCGGGGCUGGAAAAUCGGAACCAUCUUGCCCAUUCAUUCACCGGCAUACAGCGGGGGUGGUGUCAGUGACAACCCAUUCAAAGAGGCAAUGGCCGAGUUGCAGAACAUGCAGGGGAUGCCCGGUAUGCCUUCGAUCCCUGGAAUGCCUGGCAUGUCUGGUGAAGCCGCAGGAGUCGAUUCGGACAAGAAAAAGAAGGAUAAAAAGAAAGGCAAGGCAUGA